UCUUGCUGGGAUCAUGGAACUCGCCCUGCUGUGUGCGCUGGUGGUGUUGGCUGGUGUGAAUCCUACCCAGGGCAGCAUCCUGAACCUGAACAAGAUGAUACACCAAAUGACCAGGAAGGUUCCCAUCUUCUCCUAUUGGCCCUACGGCUGUUACUGUGGACCCGGCGGCAGAGGUCAACCCAAAGACGCCUCGGACUGGUGCUGCAAAGCCCACGACUGCUGCUACGCCCAUCUGAGACACCACAAAUGCCAAAUCUUCACAGAUAAUUACAAGUACAACAUUUCCCAGGGAACCAUCAAUUGCUCUAACAAGGGAAGCUGGUGUGAGCAGCAGUUGUGCGCCUGUGACAAGGAGGUGGCCUUGUGUCUGAAGCGCAACCUGGACUCCUACCGGAAGCGCCUGCGUUUCACCCUACACCACUGUGGGAACCAGACUCCUUUGUGCUAGGAGAAGCCGCCCUGCUCUGUGCACCCCCAGCUCUUUUCCUUUGCAUUGUGAGCUCCAAAAGCCCCACAGGGA